CAAUUUUGACAUUUUAUUGUUUUCUAACAAAUUCAUUGCAUCACAAUCAAUACAAUUCGGUGUGAUGCUGAAUUUUUUUUAAUUAUUACUGUAAAUACAUUAAAUUAGUGAAUGAAAUUAUUGGCAAAAUUAAGUUAAAAGUGUUUGGAGUUUGAAAAUAAUGCAAAAUUCUCGUAGAAGUUUAACGUUACUAUGUACGGCCACGCAAAAUUUAACAUUAAUAUCAGCACUACCACGAUUGGAAACGGUCGCAGGUGUAGUGGGGGCUACACAAAGAUUUUUGCAUGCAACAGCAAUACAUGGAGCCCGUAAUCGUAAACAACAGCCGGGUAAUGUUUCAACAUUAUUUAAACCCGUCCAAGUGCAACAUAAUGCUGAUGAAAUUGAUGUUGGGUCCGAGCUAGCGGGCAAAUUGGAAAAGUCCGCAAUUUUGAAAAUUUUAAAUAAAUUCACCCAAAGAAGGGAAAUAAAAGCUUUGUGCUCGGAAAAUGGCUUAGAUAAUUAUUUACAGCAACAGGCUUUUGCCUCAUUUAGACGCUAUUGCAUAGAAUCUGAAAAUCUUCCUGUAGAUCUUCAUAUAACAUUUAGUGAUAUUAUACAUGGCGCUGGUCAUGUAGACGAUAUAUUCCCCUAUUUUAUAGGGCAUGCCAGAACCAUAUUUCCACAUUUAGAAUGUAUGGAUGAUUUAAAGAAGAUUUCAGAUUUAAGAACACCCGCCAAUUGGUAUCCAAGUGCUCGCGCUAUUACAAGAAAAAUAGUUUUCCAUGCUGGUCCCACGAACUCUGGAAAAACUUAUCACGCUAUGGAAAGAUUUCUUUCAGCUAAGACGGGUGUCUAUUGUGGUCCUCUCAAGCUAUUGGCCACAGAGGUGUUUAAUAAAGCUAAUGAAAAGGGCACACCUUGUGAUUUAGUUACUGGAGAAGAACGAAAAUAUGGCAUUAAUGAGAAUACACCUGCAGCUCAUGUGGCCUGUACCGUGGAAAUGACUUCGGUCAAUACACCCUAUGAAGUUGCCGUAAUUGAUGAAAUCCAACAAUUACGUGAUCCCCAAAGAGGCUGGGCUUGGACUCGUGCCUUUCUCGGUCUUAUAGCCGAUGAAGUACAUGUGUGCGGCGAAGCCGGUUCCUUAGAAUUAUUGCAGAAAAUCUGUGAAACUACCAAUGAAACAGUUGAAGUCCAUAAUUAUAAGCGUCUUACCGAAUUGACAAUAGAGGAUUCCGCUUUAGUUAGUUUAGAUAAUAUACAACCUGGUGAUUGUAUUGUUUGCUUUAGUAAAAAUGAUAUUUAUUCUGUUUCCCGAGAAAUUGAGGCAAGAGGUAAAGAAGUUGCUGUUAUCUACGGUGGCUUACCUCCAGGCACAAAAUUAGCCCAAGCUGCUAAAUUUAACGAUCCCGAUAAUAGUUGUAAAGUUAUGGUGGCCACUGAUGCCAUUGGAAUGGGUUUAAAUUUGAGUAUAAGACGUAUUAUUUUUUAUUCACUGGUCAAACCAACAAUGAAUGAAAAAGGUGAGCGAGAAAUUGAUACUAUAUCCGUAUCGUCUGCAUUACAAAUUGCCGGUAGAGCAGGACGUUUUCGUACACAAUGGGAACAUGGAUGUACCACCUAUAAGGCAGAUGAUUUACAAACCCUUAAAAAAAUACUGGCUCAAACACCAGAACCACUAAAACAAGCGGGUUUACAUCCAACAGCCGAUCAAAUAGAAUUGUAUGCUUAUCAUUUGCCUAAUUCUACACUAAGUAAUUUAAUGGAUAUUUUCGUGAAUCUUUGUACCGUAGACGACUCAUUAUAUUUCAUGUGUAAUAUAGAAGACUUUAAAUUUUUAGCCGAAAUGAUACAACAUGUUCCUUUGCCUUUGAGAGCACGCUAUGUGUUCUGCUGUGCUCUUAAUCGUAAAAUGCCAUUUGUGUGUUCCAUGUUUUUGAAGAUCACCCGCCAAUAUAGUCGUGGUGAACCGCUUACAUUUGAAUUCAUUACUAAAAACUGCGGUUGGCCUUUUACAUUACCCAAAACAAUAGUAGAUUUAGUGCACUUAGAAGCGGUAUUCGAUGUCAUGGAUUUAUAUCUUUGGCUAAGCUAUCGCUUUAUGGAUCUGUUCCCCGAUGCUGCCUCAGUAAGAGCUGCACAAAAGGAACUUGAUGAAAUCAUACAGCAAGGAGUUUUCCAAAUUACUAGACUACUCAAAAAUACUGAAGCUAAUAAUGGUGUUAAUGAUGGGGACACCACCUACAAUAUGAGACGUAUUAUGCAGACAAAAGAACCACGUAUACCCAGCACCACUCGUGGACGUCUUACAGAUCGUUUAAUAGCCCAGGGUCUCUUAACGCCUGGCAUGUUGAGUGAAUUACGCAAAGAAUGGGAUGCUCAACAACAUAGUUCUGCCUCGAAACAACAACAUCAGAAUACCUCAAAUCAAACUGAUUCUACAAAUUCUCCCAAUGAUACUGACGAUGAUGAUGCUGUGUUACAUAAAAGAUGCGUAGAAAACGUAAAAAAUAAAUUCAUCUAGUUAUUAUAUUUGCUAGUUUAAAUUAUUUUAAGUAAUAUAACAUUUUACUUUUCUUUGUUAUCCAGUUACGUAUAUUUAGCAGAAGAAAUUGUAAAAUUUCUUAAGAGCUGUACAAAAUAUAUUUUGUAUACAAAACAAAAAAAAUUAUAUGUUAAAAAUAUAAAAAAAAUAUAAUGAACUUACACUAAAUGGUGA